AAUUUGUUUAUCCUCUUUUUUAACCUUUCCACCAUUCCCAUUGUAUCCAAUGAGCCAGGCUAGAUAGCUGAGAGUCAGAGAGAUGAGAGAGGCAAGCAGAGACAGAGACAGAGGAGACUCAAACAGUGCCAGUGUUGCACGGCAGAUGAGGGGAUGAUUCAUGUGUGAGAGGCAGAGCCCGGCGCAGAGCAGGCAGCCUUGUGGACCAGCAUUCAGACCCAGGAUCAGCCCAGCCUUCUCAGAGCUGGAGACCCUCUCUCCGCAGCGUCCCUCGUCUCCACCUCGUGCCCCCUUCAGUGACAUGUAUCCCGAAGAGAGCCGGGGGUCUGGAGGGGUAGCCACUGUGGACUUCCUAGAAGGGACAUACGACUACACCGCCCCCACCCCAGCCCCGACUCUUUACAGCCACUCCACCACUGGCUACUACUCUGCUCCUCUGGACGCCCACGGACCACCCUCAGAUGGCAGCCUUCAGUCCCUGGGAAGUGAGCCGAACAGUCCUCUCGUGUUCGUGCCCUCCAGCCCCCGACUCAGUCCCUUCAUGCACCCACCCAGCCACCAUUAUUUGGAAACCACCUCAACACCCGUCUACAGGUCCAGUGGCCCAUCCAGUCAGCAGCCAGUUUCCAGGGAGGACCAGUGCGGCACCAGUGACGAGGCAUACAGUAUGGGGGAGUCGGGGGCUGGAGCCAGGGCCGUGGGGUUUGAGAUGACAAAAGAGACGCGUUUCUGUGCCGUGUGCAGUGACUAUGCCUCUGGGUACCACUAUGGGGUGUGGUCUUGUGAGGGCUGCAAGGCCUUCUUUAAGAGGAGCAUUCAGGGUCACAAUGACUAUAUGUGCCCAGCAACCAAUCAGUGCACUAUUGACAGGAAUCGGAGGAAGAGCUGCCAGGCAUGCCGUCUUAGGAAGUGUUACGAAGUGGGCAUGAUGAAAGGAGGUGUGCGUAAGGACCGCGGGCGUGUUUUGCGGCGUGACAAACGACGGACUGGCACCUGUGGCAGGGACAAGGCCUCUAAGGACCUGGAGCAUAGGACAGUGCCCCCUCAGGACGGGAGGAAACACAGCAGUGCCUAUGGUGAAGAAGGAAAAUCACUGCUGCUUGGCAUGCCUCCUGACCAGGUGCUCCUCCUGCUCCAGGGUGCCGAGCCUCCCAUACUGUGCUCUCGUCAGAAGCUGAGCCGACCCUACACCGAGGUCACCAUGAUGACCCUGCUCACCAGCAUGGCCGAUAAGGAGCUGGUCCACAUGAUCACCUGGGCCAAGAAGCUUCCAGGUUUCCUGCAGCUCGGCCUCCAUGACCAGGUGCAGCUGCUGGAGAGCUCCUGGCUGGAGGUGCUGAUGAUCGGGCUCAUCUGGAGGUCCAUCCACUGCCCUGGCAAACUCAUCUUUGCCCAGGACCUCAUACUGGAUAGUCUAAAUCAUGUUGCGUAUCAGUGCUGUUGUGCUGUGAUGUUGCUCAGGCAGAGCCCGGCGCAGAGCAGGCAGCCUUGUGGACCAGCAUUCAGACCCAGGAUCAGCCCAGCCUUCUCAGAGCUGGAGACCCUCUCUCCGCAGCGUCCCUCGUCUCCACCUCGUGCCCCCUUCAGUGACAUGUAUCCCGAAGAGAGCCGGGGGUCUGGAGGGGUAGCCACUGUGGACUUCCUAGAAGGGACAUACGACUACACCGCCCCCACCCCAGCCCCGACUCUUUACAGCCACUCCACCACUGGCUACUACUCUGCUCCUCUGGACGCCCACGGACCACCCUCAGAUGGCAGCCUUCAGUCCCUGGGAAGUGAGCCGAACAGUCCUCUCGUGUUCGUGCCCUCCAGCCCCCGACUCAGUCCCUUCAUGCACCCACCCAGCCACCAUUAUUUGGAAACCACCUCAACACCCGUCUACAGGUCCAGUGGCCCAUCCAGUCAGCAGCCAGUUUCCAGGGAGGACCAGUGCGGCACCAGUGACGAGGCAUACAGUAUGGGGGAGUCGGGGGCUGGAGCCAGGGCCGUGGGGUUUGAGAUGACAAAAGAGACGCGUUUCUGUGCCGUGUGCAGUGACUAUGCCUCUGGGUACCACUAUGGGGUGUGGUCUUGUGAGGGCUGCAAGGCCUUCUUUAAGAGGAGCAUUCAGGGUCACAAUGACUAUAUGUGCCCAGCAACCAAUCAGUGCACUAUUGACAGGAAUCGGAGGAAGAGCUGCCAGGCAUGCCGUCUUAGGAAGUGUUACGAAGUGGGCAUGAUGAAAGGAGGUGUGCGUAAGGACCGCGGGCGUGUUUUGCGGCGUGACAAACGACGGACUGGCACCUGUGGCAGGGACAAGGCCUCUAAGGACCUGGAGCAUAGGACAGUGCCCCCUCAGGACGGGAGGAAACACAGCAGUGCCUAUGGUGAAGAAGGAAAAUCACUGCUGCUUGGCAUGCCUCCUGACCAGGUGCUCCUCCUGCUCCAGGGUGCCGAGCCUCCCAUACUGUGCUCUCGUCAGAAGCUGAGCCGACCCUACACCGAGGUCACCAUGAUGACCCUGCUCACCAGCAUGGCCGAUAAGGAGCUGGUCCACAUGAUCACCUGGGCCAAGAAGCUUCCAGGUUUCCUGCAGCUCGGCCUCCAUGACCAGGUGCAGCUGCUGGAGAGCUCCUGGCUGGAGGUGCUGAUGAUCGGGCUCAUCUGGAGGUCCAUCCACUGCCCUGGCAAACUCAUCUUUGCCCAGGACCUCAUACUGGAUAGGACCGAAGGCAACUGUGUCGAAGGCAUGGCUGAGAUCUUUGACAUGCUGCUGGCCACUGCCUCCCGCUUCCGCUUGCUCAAACUCAAACCCGAGGAGUUUGUCUGUCUCAAAGCCAUCAUCUUGCUCAACUCUGGUACCUUCUCUUUCUGCACCGGCACAAUGGAGCCCCUCCACGACACCACAGCGGUGCAGAACAUGCUGGACACCAUCACAGAUGCUCUCAUACAUCAUAUCAGCCAGUCGGGAUGCUCGGUUCAGCAGCAGUCGAGACGGCAGGCCCAGCUGCUGCUUCUGCUCUCACACAUCAGGCACAUGAGCAACAAAGGCAUGGAGCAUCUCUACAGCAUGAAGUGCAAGAACAAAGUGCCUCUGUACGACCUGCUGCUGGAGAUGCUGGAUGCUCACCGCAUCCAACGCCCUGAGAAAUCAGGUCAGACCUGGUCCCAGGCUGAUGGAGAACCUCCCUCCACCACCAGCACCAGCAGCAGCGGUGGUUCCUCUUCUUCAGCUGGUUCCAGUUCAGGAUCCCGAGUCAGCCACCAGAGCCCGAGCAGAGCGCCCACAGUCCUGCAGUAUGGUGGGUCCCGCUCUGACUGCACCCACAUCCUAUGAGACGGCAACAUCUGAGGGUCAAAAGUCAUUUUUAUGGGGGAUGUGUGUCGUACAGAAUGAGAGGGGUUUGGGAAUGAAAUAUAAAAGUUGUAUUUGAAUUCAUUUCAUGAGAUAAUUAUUUAUGAAUUAAGUAAUUUUAUAGUUGUAGUUGUUUGGGAGAAAUUUUCCUUGUGCUGCGUUUUCUGUCAGUCUCUGCCAGCUUUACAGUACAGCUUAUUAUUUACAGACGUCAGCAGCUCAUAUUGUGGCGCUCUGUCAGCUACAGUGAUUUGAAAUGAUGAGCAGCUAAUUGUCUUUUCAUUCGCCUCGACCAAAGUGCACUUCCUCUUGGGUUUAGGGGGCUAUUGGGCAUUAUAGUAACUUUUACAUAUUAAGGCUGAUUAUUCGCUAAAAUAUGAUAAAACUGGUUCAAAUGAAUGUGUAAUUUAUUUUGUGUUCAAAUUUCAACAAAGACAAAAACAUCAGGUAUCGUGUCUCUUGCACACAUGUAGUAUUAGGAGAAAAAAAUGAUUUCAGUGACGUAAUUAUGAAAUGAACAGUGGCUGAGGAAAUAUCUGUUGAAUUCUGAAUAGCUAAAAAUUGCACGAUUAAAUCCCAGAGCGCUGAUUACAUGAUGAAGGAAGCCAGUCUUUAUUGUUGGGGAACUUCAUCCUGUUGUCAGCUUUUUGUGUAUAGUAGGUUGUUCUUUAUGCUUACUUGCACCAAAGUUAACUUUCAUGUGUGUGCGUGCGUGUGUGUGGCAAAGCAACUGUGAGAGAGAGAGUGAGAGAAAUCCCAGCCAAUGAGCUGUGAGCCUCACCAAGCUGAUUUUAAGCGUAGAUUUUUGUCUUGAUGCAGUUGUCAACCGGUUACUGUUCAUCCACUAAUUCAGUGAUUACAUGUUAAGUUUGGCUGGAUUUACACACCUCCCAAAAAACCUAAUUAUCAUAACAUAUGUGCACUUAUGCAGGUGUUUUUAUUUCUGUUUGAAUGGACCAAACUUGGUCUGAUUGUAAAGAAGAUAUCUGAUUCGGAUAUGAUCAGGUGUUUCCUUAAUUAGCUGCUAAACACUGCUAAGUACUCAUUUAAUUGAUUUGCUUCAUUAAAUGUUAGAAAAUAGUGAGAAAUGUCACCAGAGCCCAGAGUGACAUAUUCAAAGUUUUAACUGUCCAACCAACAAUCUAAAUCCCAAAUCUAUUCAGUUUGUGAUGACAUACCACAAAGAAAGGCAUAAAAAUCCUUGGUGUGUUGAGGCAAAAACUGAAAUAGCUGUUACCGGGGAACAUUUGACAUUUGUGCUUGAAAAGUGACUAACUCGUACUUACAAAUAUACAGGCAAUGAAAAUGUGUUGCCAGGGUAGAAAAGAUAUGACAUUACAGUGAAGUUUUAAAAGAAUACUUCAGGAGUGUCGGUGGCUUAGUGGUAGAGCAGGCGCCCCAUGUACAAGGCUGUUGCCGCAGCGGCCCGGGCUCGACUCCAGCCUGAGGCCCUUUGCUGCAUGUCGCUCCCCCUCUCUCUCCCCCCUUCACACUUCACUAUCCUAUCAAUUAAAGGCAAAAAAUGCCCCAAAAAAUAUCUUUAUUAAAAAAAAAAAAACAUCAGUUACUCACCGGUCAUGAAGUCACAGUGAAUGAAAAAUCCAAAAGAGGCAAACAUUUUUCGUAAAUUGAAGUAAUUGGGGUCCUCGAUUAAGAAUAGAAAAAUUAUAUCAGAACAUCCAUUUAUAAACUCUCACACAACCUGCACAGCAUAAUUCAAGCCUCCAUACAGGAUUUAAAAAAAAACCCCAACAGAUUUGGCCUCUUGAGCCGUUCAGUGUCAGUCCAGUCAAACUUGAACUGAAUGUCAUUUGUUACUGUGUAUAAAAAUAAAAGCAUUCAUUCAGGAAAAUA